AUGGCCGAAAUUCAGACCAAGGUUAUCCUUGUAGGCUUAGGUGGUGCUACUUGCUCAGGAAAGACUACUCUAGCGAAGCAUCUGAAGAACAUACUGCCCAAUAGUGUCAUUGUGCAUCAGGAUGUCGCAGUCGCACAGCCUGAGGAACUACUCCCCAUAAAGCACGGCUACCAGGACUGGGAUGCUCCAGAUUGCGCAAUUGACUACCCACGACUUUCCAAAUUUUUGAAGGACGUGAAAGACACAGGAUGCAUACCAGAUGAUCAUAGAAGCCAUGAUCAUUUGAACAAGCACACGGAUUUACCUAUAGAAGCAGAGUGUCAACGCCGUCUGGCUGAGAACUUCAGAGUUAUCCAAGAUCAAGUCAAGGAGAGCGACCACAUCAAUAUAGUGUGGGGCUUGGUGGACGGGUUUCUGUUGUAUUGGAAUCAGGAAGUCAUAGAACAGCUAGAUACGCGCUUCUUACUCCGUCUUCCACUUAAGACAUUGGAGGGCCGAAGGAGAGCGCGGCAGGUUUACAUCACAGCAAAGGGGGACGAAUGGGUAGACCCUCCUGACUACUGGGAGACGAUCGUGCUCCCUGCAUACCUAGACGCACACCGCGAAAUAUUCGAGGGUGGUGAUGUUGAGAAUGGGAGCUUGACAAAUAAGGUGGAAGGUCUUGUUUUGAUCGAGCCUGAGAAAGAGGACAAAGAGAUGAGCAUGACGGAUAUUGUUGAAAGGUGCUGCCAAGAGUUAUAUCAGCUUGUCAGGGCGGAGCAAGUAGGGAGUUAA